CUCGCCUAAACGUGAGCUAGAGAUCCUCUCAAAAUAAAGUCAGCGGUCUCUUUUGUGUGUACUGUAAGCGGAAGUACAUCAUAUAUAGGGGUCCGGGCGGCCAAGAACAUCUUCAUCGCACAGCACGAUGGCUCACAGGUUGCUUGUCUGCAGAGUUUGGUCCCUGUCUCUGAAAGAGCUUUGCAGCCCCUCCUCCUCCUCCUCCCCCUUCCUGCGCUCCUCCAGCGCCUCCCUCUCCUUCCUCUCCCCCUCCCUCCACCUCGCACCCCGUCGCCAGGUGUCCUUCAAUGUGCAGGAUCAUGAGGACUUCACAGAGAGAGUCAUCAACAACCAGCUGCCUGUCCUCAUAGACUUCCACGCACAGUGGUGUGGUCCCUGUAAGAUUCUGGGUCCCAGACUAGAGAAAGCUGUAGCCAAGCAGAAAGGCAAGGUUGCCAUGGCGAAGGUUGACAUAGACGACCACACAGACCUUGCUAUUGAGUAUGGGGUGUCAGCGGUUCCUACGGUUAUCGCCAUGCGGGGUGGUGAUGUCAUCGACCAGUUUGUGGGGAUCAAAGAUGACGACCAGCUGGACUCAUUCGUCAGCAAGGUCAUUGGACAAUGAACCUGUCAGUCAUGGCCCUGUCCUCCAAUCCCUGUCCUCCAAUCUCUGUCCCACCCUCGUCCUGUCUGAACCUGGCCCAUUCUACAGCACCAGAAAACCCUGUUCACCCUGGACUCUCUCUCUCUCUCUCACACACACACA